CUCCGCCACUUCCCUCUCCUCCUCUCGCAGACCACCUUAAAAACUCCUCUUCAACGAAUCCACUCCCCAAUUUCCAAAGAAAUUCUCCCCAUGUCGCCUCCUCCAUUCGCCGUCGUCGUCUCCGGAGCUAAUUUCCGGCUACCGCUUCCGACGCCGCCGAGAAGCUGCCCUGCUCGGCCGCCGGACGUGUCGCAUUUGGGGUGGGGUUGGUACACGUUAAGGGACUUGAGACGGCGACGGAGCAGUUCGCGCGAUGAGAAUGUGAUCGGCGGGGGUUACGGAUCGUUUAUCGGGGGUUUGAGUGAUCGGACCGUCGUCGCUGUCAAAAACCUCUUGAAUAAUAGGGGACAAGCUGAGAAGGAAUUUAAAGUAGAGGUGGGCGCGAUUGGGCGAGUGAGACACAAGAAUUUGGUUAGAUUGCUUGGUUAUUGCGUUGAAGGGGCCCAUAGGAUGCUUGUUUAUGAGUACGUUGACAACGGGAAUUUGGAUCAAUGGCUUCAUGGGGAUGUUGGCGAAGUGAGUCCACUCACUUGGGAUAUUAGGAUGAACAUAUUACUCGGAACUGCAAAAGGACUAGUGUAUCUCCAUGAGGGCUUGGAGCCAAAGGUAGUCCAUAGAGAUGUGAAAUCUAGCAACAUAUUACUCGAUGCACAGUGGAACGCAAAGGUAUCUGAUUUCGGUCUAGCCAAGCUUAUAUGCUCUGAGAAAACCUAUGUAACGACUCGAGUCAUGGGAACAUUUGGCUAUGUGGCCCCUGAGUAUGCAAGCACUGGAAUGUUGAAUGAGAAAAGUGAUAUUUACAGCUUCGGAGUACUUAUAAUGGAGAUCAUAUCGGGGAGAGCCCCAGUGGAUAACACAAGAACACCGAGAGAGGUGAGUCUAGUUGAAUGGUUAAGAACAUUGGUUAGAGAUCGAAAGUUUGAGCAAGUAAUAGAUCCAAAGAUGGCAGAGAAGCCUUCACCAAAGGCACUGAAGAGAGCACUUCUUGUGGCUCUUCAGUGUGUUGACCCUGAUGCACAAAGACGGCCUAAAAUGGGGCAUGUCAUCCACAUGCUUGAAGUUGAAGAUUUGUCAUUUCGAGAGGAACGCAAGCUAGGGCGAGAACCAGCUGGCAAGUCAGACAGAUACAAUCCAAGAGAAGAGGCGAAUUUUGGCAAAUAGGUGAAGCAAUUUGAAUCUGUAAUGUCAAAAAUCCCAGUUGAUUUUUUUUAUGUCUUGUAUCAUAAAACUUUAUGAUAUAUAGUGUUCAAUGAUAACCUACAGAAAUAUGUUGCAAAGCCUAUUGAUC